AGCUCCUUUCCGCAAAUGAACGUUGACCAAGCAAGCAGUCGGACACGAACGAGUCCCGAUCCAGAACGGCGCUGAAGGAACAGGAAUAUUCAGCGGAAAAAAAGAAGAAAGCGGAAAAAGUGGUCUUUUCUUGCCAGAGCUGGAAAAUUUCAUUGUUAGACUAAUACAAAAAAGGGAUAAAAGCAAGAGUCGUGUUCCCCUACAUACACACUUGGAUAGCACCAAAGGAGGAACGUAAGAGCAGGAGUCUGUGAAAAUUUUCUGCCUGAGGAACGAGAUUCGGAUUUUUACACAUCUCAACCCGCAACAAAUAUAAGAAACACCUAAAAUAUGAGCGCUGAACCAACAGCAGAGUCAGCUCCAGACGGACUCGCACCGGGCGCAGCGGGUGGAGAGCCUGGGGCGGAUGGAAUUGUUGGCGGACCAAGAACUCCCCAGCAGAUUGCGGCACAGAAGCGGCUGCAGCAAACACAGGCACAGGUCGAUGAGGUUGUGGAUAUCAUGAAAACGAAUGUCGAAAAGGUGCUGGAACGAGAUCAGAAACUGUCGGAGCUGGACGACCGAGCCGAUGCCCUGCAGCAGGGAGCCUCACAGUUUGAACAGCAAGCCGGCAAAUUAAAGAGGAAAUUCUGGCUGCAGAACCUAAAAAUGAUGAUAAUUAUGGGUGUCAUCGGCCUUGUUAUACUUGCAAUCAUUGUAGCGAAAUUUAUGCCAGCUGAACAACAGCAACCGAUGAUGGGUCCACCGCAAGGUUAUCCGAUACAAAUGCAAUCACAGGUUGUCCCCCAGGCUCAGCCUGUUCCCGCGGCGCUCGUACAGGACACCUCGUCGCUAGUUUCUUAUCAAAAUCAAUUGAAAAACUAAAACUUAUAAACACUAAGACAAAACAAAUCAUGAUAAACUUAAAGUUAUUCAGAGAUUGAUGAAGGGGAAAACGAAAAAACACACUACCUAACUAAAUAAAUUUAUGUAUGUUGUUACUGAUCUCAUUUGAAUUUUGUCGGGCGACAAAAAAAAAGUAAGCGAAGGAACUACGGUCUUCGUUAUGAACGUUACUUCGAAGAUUCCAAGAGCUUUUUCCCCGAAAGCGCGAAAUAUUUUGAAAAUAUACUCAAAAGAAACCAGUUACAUUAAUCAGUAAAUAUUAGUAAGCAUCACAAGUUCUAACAACCAAUCCGAGCAGAUAAUUAUUUUUGUUCACAGCUUUACAUUCCCCAGUCGAUUAGCGCAACUUUUCAGUACAAUACAGACUGCAAGUAGAAUAAACUUGAUAGAUCACGUCAUGAUCAACCAUAUGUUCUUCAACAACAAUCUCUGCAUGUUAUCUCACGAAAGCAAGUUUAUAAGUAUAAAUCUAGUCGUUUCUCCUAUUAACGUCUCUCAAAACCAUAGAAAAAGUGUUGAAAGGAAGUAAAAUAAACUUGCCACAUUACUUGAUUUUUGAAUUUCGCUAACCCCAUCACCGCAGAUAGAAUUUAUAUAUUACUUUUCAGAAGAAGCUGAAGAAAUAAAAAAAAACAGAUCCCAAACAAAUGGAACAGAAGAAGAUGUUAUAUUCCGAAGUUUAGAAAUAUUAAACAAAAUGCAUUCAAAACUAGCAGUAGAAACUGUACUCGUUCCAACCAAAUUUUUCGAACACAGCAUUAUUUUUCAAGUUCUUUCAUGCAAUGAAUUAAUCAUAAGCGAAGUGAAAACACUAGGGACAUACAAAGAAGAAUAAGAAAAAAAACAUAAACUUGACUCAACGAUGGAAAACAUAGUGACAAAGUAUAGUUUAGAAGAUAUCAAAUAGGCAAACAUUAACAACUAUGCAGAGAAAGGUACACGAUGCAGGAACAUUGACUAUGCUUGAUCGAAGUGGCGGGAAUAGUUAUUCAUAACCAGAGAGAACACUCACAUACAUACGCAGAAACGCGCACAUGCACACAAACACCACUUCCAUCACCCAAGACGAGACGGGAAAGAAAGAAACGAUCUGAGGCAAGAGAAAAUAAUCACAACAAAGCGUGUUAUGUAAUAAAGAAAAAUGAUUACAAUAGAUGAGGAAAAUUCACCGAAACAUUAUUUUAGUUUUACUUUUUGAAUUAAAUAUCUUCAAACAAACAAAAAAUGAACAUAUAUACUGAAAAAUAAUAAUAAUACUAAUAAUAAACAGAGAGAAAAUACAAAAAAUUACAUAUAUAUACAUAUAGCUUUGAAAAUUGUAAAAACUAUAAAUUAUUAUCUAUACUUUCGCCAACUGGAUAUCAUGCGGAAUGGGAGAACAAAGUGUUGCAGCAGGUACGAAAAUAAAAAGAAGGCACGACUUAUGGGUCCAGAUGAAGGGCAAGUAAAAAUUUACAGCGAAAAUCAAUACACAUGGUACGAGAAGAAAAGUAUAAAUAAUAAUGAAUAAACAAUACAUAAUUAAUGAA